AUGUCUCUCUCAUCAGGCUCAAUCCCGUCAUUCAAAGAGCGUCGACCUUUCCAUGCCCGAGAAAAGGAUGUUGCGGAAAUCAGACGUCAACAACCGAACAAAGUACCCGUUAUCAUUGAGAGGUUCGAUGGAGAGCGCAGUCUUCCACUCAUGGACCGUUGUAAAUUUUUGGUACCGGAGCACAUUACUGUUGCGGAGCUGAUGCAUAUCGUCAGGCGCAGGCUUCAGCUACAUCCAGAACAAGCUUUCUUCCUUCUAGUCAAUGAAAAGUCGGUUGUUUCGAACUCGAUGACAAUGUCUCAACUCUACCAAACGGAUAGAGACCAAGACGGAUUCCUCUAUAUGGUUUAUACUAGUCAACCUGCAUUUGGAUAUUCAUAUAAUUCACAUUCUCACUCAGGUCAUUGUUAG